AAAAAGAAGGCUUCUCGGGCACCGUACAAUCGCGGAAGUUGUAAAAAUAUUUUGUAGAAAAGAAUGGGAUAUUUAAUUAGAUAACACUACAGGAACUGUAUUUUACGUUAAUUCCUAUCAGUCCUCUUCCUGGCCUUUCAACAUGGACGACGAAUGGGAAGAGGAGGAGCAGCUUGUUGUGGUGGAGCUCUCUGGUAUAAUCAACAAUGACUUUCUUUCCAAAUGUCGGGGCACAUGCAAGAUACUGGAUAUUGACAGCGAGAAGCCCAUGAUGCAGGUUGGACAAUAUGUGUUUGCAGGGGAAUAUGAAGACGCUUUGGGGACUUGUGUGCUGUUCAAGGAGGGACCACAGAAAGGAAAAUCAGACAGUGGUCCAGAGCUCAAGUACAUGUGCCACACAGUGAAGAAACUAAUGAUGCAACGAAUCUUCCUGACUGAGAAGAAAGAGGGUGAAACCAGCACAGCAGGAGGUGAAGAUAGUGGGGAACAGUCCAGUCAAGAGGGAAAUGCCAACCAACAGGGAGAGACAGAAGAAGAUAUGGACAACACAGAUUUGGAAGAUGGAGGCACUGCAAUAUUAUGACCUCCCUAUAAAAGUCUAGAGAGACACCAGCAUUUGUGAGGAUGUGAGGGACAGACCAUUCAAAGACAGUAGAAUUUAUACAGUUCAGCCAUAAUAAGAAGUGUCAGUAUUACCAUAAGUCUUGCACAACGUGUCACAAUCCUUUGCCAGAAACAUAUGCCUCUUCUUCAAUGAGCAUCAAAAAUCUGUGAAUUUAGUAUUUGACACCCAACAUAAAUGUGGCUAAAUGACACCUAAAAGAAAAGCAAGCUUUUACAAAUUGCCAAGUAAAUCCAUUCCUCUCAGGUCCACAUAGGACGGUUCCUGGGAAGGGAAGAUACAGAAAUGUGGUGGAAGCCCUCAGCUUAGCAGCAGGUCCUGUCAUUGUGUUUCUCUGAUCUCAUCGAUUUUCCACAUUUCAUGAUGACUAUUUAACCAGCAGAGGGACAGAAAUCUGCUUGAGUUGCAUGUUAUAGUAGAGAUGUGCUUGUUGGAGAAUGAGCCAUUUAUACAUUUAAAGAAGGGAAAAGAGUAUAUAACUUAAAAUAUGAAGACUCUAUUUUUCUGAUUUGUGAUAAAGUGGUUUUAUCAGCACUACUAAAGCAAUUGAUUUAAAUUGUGUUAAAGCCAAAAGAAAUUAAGGUUUUUUAUUUGUUCAUAAAUUAAUUGGGCUCACUGAAAAGUUACCAUGAGUGUUGGUCUUAUUGUGCUUUUUGUUAUUUUGUUUUUGUGGAAUUACUAAUUAAUGUGUUUAUUUUGCAUUUGGUUACAUA